AUGAUUGUUAACAGAAAUAAAGCAAAUCAUUUGUCACAGAGCUUAAUUUCACCUGUGCUGCCUGGGUUCCUGCUGUUAUUUGUACUUAUUGCAGAUGAUAAAAAGCAGUUGCCAAAGCCUCCUCGCAGGAAAAAGAAUCCCAGCUGGGAUCCAGGCCCAAGCACCUGGGGCUGUGGAUCAGCUGGCAGCAAACAGCGAUUUUGCCAGCCUUGGUUGCCUCUCAGGAACACUGACACAGCUGCCAAAUUCAUUGGGACUGGAGCUGUCAUCAUUAUGAUGGUUGGCUUUGUAUCUGGGGUUGGGGCUGUUUUGGGAAGCCUCAUUAUUGGCUAUGCCAGGAACCCUUCCCUGAAGAAACAGCUCUUCUCUUAUGAAUGUCUUAGCUUUGCCCUCUCUGAGGCCUUGGGCUCUUUUACCUAA